AUGGCUACAUCUAAUAGAAAUUUAGAUAAAAGUCCAUCUGCAUUAAUACGUCAUAAUGUUCGGCAACUUAAAGAACAAACACAGAAAUUACAAACAAAUGCUAAAGAAGCUGUUCGACGUAUGCCUGUUGUAUUAACUGAACAACAAUUAAAGCGUUUAAAAGAACAUAAAUAUGCAUCCGAAGGUAUAACAUUAUUUGAUCCAAUUAUGCAAGAAUUUUGGAAAUGGCUUGUUGAAUAUUGUCCAUUAUGGGUUGCACCAAAUCUUUUAACUAUUGUUGGAUUAGCAUUAAAUAUUGGUACAAGUGUUCUACUUAUGAUAGAAACAGAUGGUGCCAAAGAACAGUGUUCACGAUGGAUAUAUUUUCUUACGGCACUUGGCCUUUUUAUUUAUCAAUCACUUGAUGCUAUUGAUGGUAAACAAGCACGUCGAACAAAUUCUCAAUCACCAUUAGGAGAACUUUUUGAUCAUGGAUGUGAUUCUGUAUCAGCUGUAUUUGUAACAAUUGCUUGUUGUUGUGCUGUUCAACUUGGUGUUUAUCCAUGGCUUAUGUUUUGGGCAUGUAUAUUAUCAUAUUUUGCUUUUUAUGCUGCUCAUUGGCAAACAUAUGUUUCGGGUAAACUUAAAUUUGGAAGACUUGAUUGUACUGAAGCACAAUUCUCAUUUAUUGUUGUUUAUUUUAUCUGUACAAUAUCACCAGGUUUUUGGUCGAAAUCGAUACCUUAUUUACAAAUUGAAUAUCGUAUAUUUGUUGCAUUAUUAAUGAUUGGUUCAACACUAUGGAGUUCAUUUAAUAAUAUUCGUGCUAUUUCACAGGGUGGUUGUGGAAGAAAUUUUUCAUCUGUAGCUGGUACAAGUAUUAUUUUUCCUGGUUGGCCUAUUGGUUUUGUUAUUUUUCUUGCUGUUGUUGCUUCCAAUUAUUCAACAUCGAGAGUACUUGAAGAACAUACAUCACUUCAUUUACUUUGUUAUGGUAUUGUCUUUUCAAAAAUUACAAAUCGUUUAAUUGUUGGACAUAUGUCAAGAAGUCCAUUAAAUGGAUGGGAUACGUCCUUUGUUGGGCCAUUGGCUGUUUGUAUCAAUCAAUAUUUUAAUUUAUUCAUUGAUGAACAUAUUUUACUUUGGCUCUUUCUCCUUUACAAUCUAUAUGAUCUAUUGCGGUACAACAUUAAAGUUUGUCAAGAACUUUGUGAUUUCUUGGAUAUUCACUGUUUUCGAAUAAAACCAUCGACGACACCACCGACUAAUCAAAAUCAUUAA